AUGUUUGGCCAGUCUGGUCUUUUCCUUGUCUUCUUCCGAUCUGAAGAUGCAGAUGUGCCCGAAGAAGAGCUGACUGGCGAACCGCCCAAGUGGCACACUGCGGUCACUGUCGGGCUGCUGUGUGUGUUCCACGCCGUCAUCAUCAUCAUCCUGACAGGUGUUUUUGCCGUCGCAUUGAAGAGUCAUCUUAACUUUUGGGCCAACCUGCUAGGUGUCAUGGCAGCCGCGCUCGCCGCUGUCCAGUAUAUUCCUCAAAUCUGGACGACCUAUCACUUGAAACAUGUCGGCAGUCUCAGCAUUCCCAUGAUGUGUAUUCAGACCCCGGGCGGGUAUCUCUUUGCGUUUAACUUGUGGCUCAGGUUGGGUGCCGAGGGAUGGAGCACGUGGGGCAUCUUUCUCCUGACGGCUACCAUGCAAGGCAUCCUACUGGGCAUGGCCAUCUACUAUGAGUUGACCAAAGAGCGAGACCAAAGCGAGAUUGAGAACAACGGUUUGGAUGACGACGAGCCUCAAAGGCCAAACCCUAUCCGUACCUACUCCGAGGGCUGGCAGGACGGCCUGCCCGGGCCCUACACGGCCCAUCCAGAGCGUUACGCUGAAACAGAGGAGGAGCUCGAGAGACUGCACGACCGCGAGGAACGCCAAGUUCUCCGUGAGGAUAGACCUCUGCUGCGACCAGGUGGCAUUGGCACACCACGAGUCAACUACAACACGACUAGUUGA